AUGAAGCUGGCUGACUUUGCCCUUCUCAACGAGUGCCCUCGACGUCCAGAUGGUCAACCUUUGGCCAUUUCUAGCAUCUCCGAUCAUCUUAAAGGAUGGAAGGAGAAAAUUAAAAAGGAGCCUCCAGCUGGUAAACUGAAUUCUAUAAUAGAUUUAUAUCAAAUAACUAGAAUACUAAUUAAAGUAUAAAAUAAUAUUAGGAACAACAGGAAAUAAACAGAAAGAGAGAGCGAGCAGUUAUCCUUUUUUGGAACACUUUCUGGCUCUUUGGAUCGACGCAGCCGAGUACGCCAAAGUUCAGGUUACAGACGACAUAAUUAGGGCUCAAGCAAGAAUUAUUCAGGAAGAGCUAGUGAGAGCUAAUGUCGAUAAGCCAUAUGAUGGGUUCGAGAUGUCAAACGGUUGGCUUCAACGAUUCAAAAAUCGGCACAAUAUCGGUAGACUACGAACACAUGGGCAAUCCGGCGAUAUUGAUCAAUCAGCUCUACCAGCCCAGCGCCAGCAUCUCAAACAAAAACUAGCUACAUUUUCACCUGAGGACCGUUACAAUUGCGAUGAAAGUGGUCUUGUUUUUAACAAGCAGCCACAGUCCUCAAAUGUCCGACUAGAUAAAGGUAAACAGUUAAGAGGAGGAAAGGAGGAUAAGAUUAGAAUAACUACUUUUCAUAUAGUUAAUGAGACAGGAACGGAUAAACGCAAGAUUUGGGUUAUUGGACGAGCAGCAAAACCCAUGCCUUUUCGUCAAAAUCGCAUCAAUCCAGCUAACUUGCCGGUCAUUUAUCGUCAUAACAAAAAGGCCUGGCUAUUAACCGGACUCUGGUACGAAUUUCUAAGGAAAUUGAACGAUGAAAUGCGAAUCGCUCGGCGGCAUAUAGCACUUGUGACGGACAACUGCCCUACUCAUCCGCAACCUACUUCACCGCCGAUUGACUACAAAGGACCUCCGCCUCCUAUCCUCAGUCAUGUUACUUUAGUUUACCUACCGCCCAACACCACAUCCUUUUUGCAGCCAUUGGAUGCUGGAAUUAUUGCCUCUUUCAAGGCAGCCUAUCGACGACGUUAUGCUCAAUUCAUGGUUGAGCAUUUUAAUUCCUAUGGAAAAGCACCCUUGAAGAUUGAUAUUUUACAGGCAAUCUACCUAAUUGCGGAUUCUUGGGAUGCUGUCACAGAGGACACGAUUGUUCACUGCUGGAAAAAAGCGGCGAUCACUGAGUUCUCUGAAGGCAGCUCUGGGCUUUCUAGUCAAAUUAAUUGCGAUACACCAUCCCCGAUCGAACACUUCAUUAGCCUUGAACAGCACGAAUGCCAACAAGCUCUGAGUCUAUUAAGAGAGCAAGGAGUUGACCAGAUUGAGUGCCUUGAAGAUUUCCUCAAUGAUGAGGAGAGAUUGGAUUCACCUUUGGAUAGUUUUUUUCCAGAUGUCCGUGCUAUUGUCCAUGAUGGUGUUGCUGAAGGGAUCUUAUUGCAUACGUCGGAGAGCUUAGAUCGGAGUGAGCCAGAAAGUGAUGGUGACGAUAUUUCCACACUUCCAGUAAUUGGAAUAGAGACCGCCGCACAUUACAGCUUUGAGCUUCAACGCCUUCUUCAAACUCUUCCGGUUACUCACCUACCCCUUCUUGGCCGUAAUAGUCUCUCUGUGGAAGAACUGAUAACAUCCACCUACAAGCUUCAUUCUGCCCUUCUUCGGUAUUCUCUUCUUUAUCCUACGUCUCUUCAGAUCUGA